AUGAAAACAACAUCUUUAUUGGCUACUUUUGUGUUGUCCGUUUUUAUUACUAUCGCUUCUUCAUCUGAGAUACUUAUAGAAGAUGAAAUUGAGCCUUUUGAUGAAGUUGAGUAUUGGUGGUCUUUACCUGCUCAAGCUGAACAAGAAGUUAUAGGAACAGCAUAUUUCCUCCAGGCUACACCAACAAUUUGUAGAAGCGUUAUGCAUUUUGAUAGAGGGUUUAUAUCAAAAGACCCCAACGAUUAUGAAUUCACUAUCGGUCAUUUCGAUGUGAGCGAAUAUUUAAGAAGUGAAAUCCUAAUUAACACACCUGGAACUUCUCCGUUUUUGCUCGAUUUUACAGAGUUUUUUUGUCAACAAAUCGUUGACAAAAGGUUUGUUAUUAAAUAUCGUGGAAUUACAAUUGGUGAUAAUAUAAUUAGGAGACUGUAA